GUGAGUUUUUGCUCGGUGGGACUUGUCUAUGGUAAUGUCCCUACUGGGAAGUCGGAAGAGGUGUGCUUAACAUUUAACCUUUUUGCCAGACAAUGUGAAAAUGGCGUAAUGAAAGGAAACGAGUACGGGCAGCGAGCAGAUCAAGUUUUCAGAGGAUCAGCAUGGGGAACACGAGCAGCGACAGGGGCGGCGCGGGCGAUAAAGCGAGCAGACGAGAGAUCCGAGCCGGUAAAGAUGGAGCUCGACCCAAGAUUUUGCUGGACAGCGUGGAGGAUGGAGACAUCUUCCAAACAGACGAUGCUAAGGAUAACUCACACAUCAUCCAUCCUUCCUGCUUUCAGGAAUUUCUAGCCUGGCAACAAGAUCAGGAAUUAGAGACUAAAGUCCCACCAGAGGAAAUACCCACCGUCUUCCGUUGGAGCGGUCAAGGAAAAGAGAUCUACUUGUCUGGCUCCUUUAAUAACUGGGCCAGUAAAAUCCCCCUGACUAAGAGUCAUAAUAAUUUUGUUGCAAUCGUUGAUCUGCCGGAGGGUGAGCACCAGUAUAAAUAUUAUGUGGAUGGAAACUGGAUAUUAGAUCCCAAGGAGGCCAUUGUGACCACUAAGUCAGGUGUGGUGAAUAAUCUUGUUAAAGUGAGGAAAACCGACUUUGAGGUAUUCGAUGCCCUGAAAACAGACUCUGAGAAAUCUGCAGAAAUGUCAGACUUGUCUAGUUCUCCUCCUGGUCCAUACCACCAGGAUCCCUACAUCAAAUCAGAAGACAGACUACGCACCCCUCCCAUCCUCCCUCCACACCUGCUGCAGGUGCUCCUUAACAAAGAUACUGGAGUCUCUUGUGACCCCACCCUGUUACCUGAACCAAACCAUGUGAUGCUCAACCACCUUUACGCCCUUUCCAUUAAGGAUGGCGUAAUGGUUCUCAGCGCUACACACCGCUACAAAAAGAAGUAUGUGACCACACUGCUGUAUAAGCCUAUAUGAUCACAAUCCAACUGACCAUAAUGGUCUUAUGCACUCAAUGUUUCCUAUUGUCGAGAAAGGGACCAAGCACAGCAAAACUCACAUUUGUGAAUUUUCAAGUGGGCAGGUUGCUUGUGGAUCUGAGAGGAAACCAUAAACAUAAUACCCAGUGCUUGCACGCACAAUGCAAUGCAUUUGCCAAAAUGUAAAAAUAUGAUUUCUGGCUUAUCAUCAAGAAAGUUUUUUUUUAGACAUUGAGGAUCUCAUGUGUUAAAAGAUUUUGACAUUUAUGUGCCUUAAUCUGGCUUUAAACAUACCUUCAAAAAAAUGAUAAGAUCAAUUUAAAUUGACAAUUGUCAUAGUUAAAUGCACAUUAAGAUUCAUAUUUUGUUUUAUUUGUGUAUCAUUGUACUGUGAAACUACAGUCAUGAAGAGUUUUUGAAAGUCAUUUUUAUUUAUCAUAUAUCAACAAAAAAUCACAGGCUAAUAAAACAAUUCAGAAAUGGGAUUUAAACUUUAAACGUAAAAAAGAAAAAGUGAAUAAACUAAGCCUGAAUGCUGAUUCUGAUAGAAGGUGUAGUGGAGUCCAUGCCUCGACGGUUCAGGGCUGUUUUGGUGGCAGACUCGGACAGGAUUACAGUAAUUUACAGCCAUUUACUGUAUUUACAUUUACUUCCAAAAAGAUAAAAUUGUGUCAUGAAUAAAAAUUAAGUACUUCUCUUUU